UUGUGGAAGUUUGUCCAUGUUGCAGGUAAUUAUUGUUAUUAGACUUUCCUAUCAUGAAAAAACGUCGGCCGAUUCGCGGAUAUAGAAUGAUUAUAAUAUAUAUGUCUUCAAAUUCAUUUCCGUAACGUUUCAAAGAAGUCAUAAACAAUGUAAAAAGGGAUAAAAUAAGAAUUUGCAUAAAUAUUGAUAAUUUGGGGCAUCUCGUUCGAUAGAAUUGAUUCUAAAUGUACGGUGGCCCGUUAAGGAAACACUUGUUUCGUAGAAAAUCAUAUUAUUAAUUCGUUCUGUGUACUUGACGUAAUUUUCUUAAUAACAGAGCGUUUCUGUAUAUAAUGUGCGGCGUUUCCGUAGAAAACUCAGACGACUUGGGCAAAAAUAUAGACGCUUUCCGUAGGUCUACAAAUGUAGACUUUUUCCGUACAAAUGUAGAUGCCUUCCAUACAAAUUUUAUACAUGCCUUCCAUGCAAAUGUAGACGUCUGCUGUAUAGAAAUCUAAAACUAAUGCGCGCGCAUAGUUUGGUAACUAUGGUAACUUCAGUAAUGGAUCAUAUAUUGCUGGCUCUUAUUGCGCAACAAGUAUUAUAUUUUCGAUGAAGCAUUAUAUUUGAGACAAAGUAUUAUAUUUGAGACGAAGUAUUAUAUAUAUUGUAGACAAAGUAUUAUAUUUGAGACGAAGACAUGCAAGUAUUAUAUUUGGGAUGAAGUAUUAUAAUUAUUGAGAUGAAGUAUUAGGGACUGCUCAUUAUUUAUUGUACAGGGGGAGACUGAGGAGAAACUCUACAGUUAUAAUAUUUUUUCGUUGCCCCCCUCUUAAGACAAGUAAAAUUUUCAAAGCCCCCCCUCCCCGGCAAAACAAGAACAUAAAUUUUGGUCCCCCCUCUAGCUCUUUAUCUUUAUUUAGAGAAACAAAAACUCUAGCUCUUUAUUUAGAGAAAAAAAAUAGAUAAUGGGGACCAAUAGACAAUUCCCCAUUAUAGACUAAUUCUUAUCUUAGCACAAAAAGUAUAUUCCUGAGAAGGGUAUACUAAAAUUAGUAAAAUUGCAAAGUUUGGUUGCAAAAUGUUGUAAAAUGUAAAAAAUAUAGCCUUCCAAAGUUUGCAAAUUUUGUAUACUUUUGUAUUGCAAUUUUCGCAUGCAAUACAAAAGUAUACAAAAUUUGCAAACUUUGCAAGGCUAUAUUUUCCGUAUUUUACAACAUUUCGCAACCAAACUUUGCAAUAAUUUACUUAUUUUAGUAUGCUCGUUCUAGCUGUGGUCAUUUAUUUGCAUCAAGGCCGGAUUUUGAGGGGAGGUGUGGAGAGGUGCGCACCUCCCCUGAGAUCGUUUUGCACCUCCACUGAGAAGUUUUGCACCUCUCCUGAAAGGUGGUGCACCUCCCCUUGGGAAAGUUUCAAUGAUGGAACAAAGUGAAAAUGUGAUGGUUGCUUAGGAUCUAGACUUCGUGACGUAAGAAAGUUUUCUCUGUAAAAUUGAAACAGUGAUAGCCAUUCAUCUCUGUGUCAAGUACCCUUUUAAUGCAAUGUUCUGAAAGAAACUUUGUAGCAAUUGUAUAAAUGUUAGGGCAAGAUUGGAGUCAUACAUUCAUAAUUCAUUAAUACACUGGUACAUAUGUACACUACAUGCAUACCUCACCUCGUUGAUAUUGGCCUGUUUUACAAUAAGCCCUAGCCCUAACUUUUCAUGGGGGUUGUGAGCUAGACCGCUGCACCUCCCCUAACAUAUUUUGCACCUCGCCCACUAUUUUCACCAAAAUCCGGCCUUGAUUUGCAUCUCUUUGCCUAGUUCUAAAAUUAGUCAAUAAUGGGAAUUGUCUAUUUACAUGAAGAUAAGAGACUUUUUAUUUAGAUUCCACAAUAAAUAAUGAGCGGUCCCUUAUUAUUUUGUGUGUGUUGGUGUUAUGUACUCAGGUGAAUAUGAUGUUUGUGAUGUUACUCUGAGUGUGCAUCGACACCAGGCAGCUGACCACGGUAGGAAUCGAACCCGUGACCAUUGGGACCCUAUAGUCCAAUGCUCUGCCAACUGAGCUACGUGGUCAAGUCGGUUCGAGUUGAUGAUACUUCGGAUAUAUAUAUAUAUAUAUAUAUAUAUAUAUAUAUAUAUAUAUAUAUAUAUAUAUAUAUAUAUAUAUAUAUAUAUAUAUAUAUAUAUAUAUAUAUAUAUAUAUAUGUGGUGUGUUUUAUUCAAAUAAUUUCAUGAUACUUUGAUUUUAUUAGUGCCUUAAACAUUUGAGAAUGUAACUCUGCAAAACUAAAAGCUUUCUUGUCUUUUUUGAAACGUAUAUUAUUGGAUUAUUGCCUAUUGGCAAGUUCUACCCUUCGCUUCUGAGAUUUACAAACUAUAUUGAAAUAAUGCAAGUAAAAAAUAGUGACAAACCAUACAUUUUCCGAUAACGACAAAACGUGGAUGCAAAACAAUACCAAUAAUUACAAUAACCACCACGGUGAUCACUUUUUAACAAUGAGUUUAAGGAUUAACACUGAAAAUGCAAAAUAUGCAUGGUGUGCUGUGAAGCGUCAUAAGUCCUAUUGAGUAUUGAUCUACUGUAACUGUGUAAAGCCAUUUCGAUACAUGUAAUUGUAAAUUUGUAUUCUUACAUGCAGGGCUUGAAAUAACGUUCCCAAAGUUCCCGAUCAUGGUGAUCGGCAGUCGUGACUUUCCCUGCUUUUUUCAGGUUGGAAACCGAAACCCUGCUUUUCCGCCGAUCAUAAACAAUUCCUUGCCGAUCAUUGAUCGGUGAUCGGUUGUUAUUUCAAGCUCUGUCUUAACAAUUUUGAAUUGAUACUGAUUUCAAAUGAUUAAAGCCAUGUAAUAAUUAUCCCAUGCAACUGUUAGGAAGGGCGAAAUUUUGAACGGAGGACGAAAAUCCUCAAGAAAAGGCGAAGUUUCUAAAGGGGGGCGAAAUUCCUAGGAUUAUCGCCCCCCUGGGGGGGCGAUAUUCCUAGGAAAUUCGCCCCCGGGGGGCGAAAAUGUAGGGGGGGGGGGCGAAAUUCCUGGGACACCGGGCUUCAUCCUCUUACCCCAACGGCCCAACUAGAACCCAAUAGAUGAUUCCCCUUAUUACGUUCCCAUAGCGCUUUGCAUUGUGGUUAUAGUGGUAUCACCGAUAUUCAAGAUGGCUUAUUUUUUGUCCCGACCUGUGCAAGAACUUUUAAGCUAGGGCCAGGUGCACGAUAGCCAACAGCAAAAUAUUCGAGAAAACAUUUAAUAUUUUCAUUAGAGGCCGCUAUCUUUAUCAGUGAUACCACUAUAACCACAAUGCAAAUGUGAUGGAAUGAAACCUGAAAAUCAGUUCUAUGCUGGGAAUGUGUAAUUGCAUGUACAAGAUAUCAUAUACAAUUACACGAGUGUUUGCAGCAGACUUGCUCCAAGUCUCACUCAAAUUGAAUUCAUUUUUGAUAGGGUCUAUUCAGUUUAAUGGGAUAUCAGUGCUACAUAUCUACUGUUGGUUCAUGAUAUUUUUGCCAUAGACUCAUAGAGACACGACCAGCAUUGCCUUCUAGCUAAAGCCUGGUUCACAUGUAUGCCUGCGACGUGCCUGCGAGGUACCGGCGACAAUGCCGAUGGUAGCUUUAAAACGUAAAUUAUGUGAACAUUUGUUCGCCGAUUUCCUCCAGUACGUGCCACAGUUACAUCGGCGGUAGGCCGGGAAAGUUGACUUGAGUUCAACUUUGCCGGUAUUUUGGUGGCAAGUAGAGGCAUAAUGAUACAGUCGCAGGCAUGCCGCAGGCAUGUGUGAACCAGGCUUAAGACACUGAGGCCCCCUUGGCCCUGGGGUAAUCUGUUGGUUCCAAAUUCUAGCAAAUGAAUAUUAAAAAUCACCCACAAGUUUGACUCUUUGCGAUCCUGGCUUUUGGCAGGCAAUUAACAUCCAUUUGAGUUAAUAAGCUACUGCAUACACUUAGUCUUACUAUUAGAUUUGAAUUUUGCAUUUCAUCAAUAUGACAUGACAUGACGUCUACUUAAUUGUACCAGGCUCCCUUUAUAAGUAAUUAAUUUAUAGCUCAAAUUAUCAUGACUGCAUAUUGGGUUGUUGCAGAAAACAUCCAUUAUAACCUCCCCAAUGGAGGAAAUUGGAAGUUAGCCCCCCUACCCCCCCCUCGCAUGUCCUAAUUCACUUUUUAGUUACUAUUAUCCCCUCCACCUCCAGACAGCAGAAAUUUCCUCCUUGGGGUUAGGGUGGAUUAUAUGGUUAGUAGAUCUUUUCUGGGAUGACCCAUUAUGCGACCGUACGGCCGGGUCACAAACGGCCAAAUAUUCAGUUCCUAAUUCUCUCACAAUGAAACAGAAAAGACUUCUAACUUGAUUUGCCAAUUUUAAAGCACAAUUCCAAUGAUAAAAGAACAUUUUUUAUUGUUUAUUAAUGUUUUCAAAAGACAGUCUCCCAUUCAUUACUGUGUAUAAACCGAACACCAUACCUGAGCAUUUGUUUAUUUAACUUUGUAUUUGUUUAGAUUCAUAAUCCUGAUGUUUUUAAUGGAAGCAAAUCAGACAAUGAAGUCUUGAUAGGAAAGGCAAGAUCUUUAAUUAAAAGGUUUAGAGAAGAAAGCGGAAGUCCUGGUCUAGCAAUCAGUGUCAGCGUCGACGGCAGGACUGUCUGGAGUGAAGGAUUUGGUUAUUCUGAUAUUGAAAAUGAUGUCCCAUGUACACCUAGCACAGUGAUGAGGAUAGCAAGUAUAAGCAAGCCUUUGACGGCAGCUGCAGCUAGUAAGGAGCUUAAUUAUUAUGUAACAUUAUACACUGGAAAAAAUUUUGAAAAUCCAUAUAAGGUCAAAGAAUGGAAAUUGUAUGGAACUUUAUUGGAAAUAGAAUGGAUUUUGAUGAUCCAUAAUAGUAAUUGUAUAUUUCCAUACUAUGGAUAUAGUAUCGAAAUAAUAUGGAUAUACUAUGGAUUUAGUGGUUCAAUUGUAAAUUUCAUAGUAUGGAUUUCACAGAUUUCACAUUUGAGCAGAUUCGUUGUAGAGGGGUGAGGGUGCUUUCAGGAAAGGGAUGGUGAAUUGGAUAGAAACUCUGUGCAUGCAGUGUAGGUAACUGCAAAAACACCAGAAAGCUGUGGACUGAGAGGAAUUCAACUACCGGUACAUGUAGCUGGAAUGCAAGCACAAGUUUUGCUUCACUGUAUUUUUCAGCUAGUUGAAAGUUACGUACAAAUACCUAAGUUGAAAACGACUUUGCGCAAGUCUAAGUGUCAAAUGAAUGUUACGUUUAUUUAAAUCUUCCUUAAAUCCUUACUACAUGGUACGUAGAAAUGUACUCGCUUAUGCGUAAACAUGCCAAUUAAUAUACAAUUAUUGGACGAGGUUGAGCAAAAUAUCGUGUUUUGUCAGUGGCGAACGCGGAUCAAUUAUUUGCCGAUGCCAACUGAUUAGGCAGAUCUGCGAGCCACUGACAAAUCGCGAUAUUUUGCGAUAACCGAGUUCAAUAAUGGUUUUAUCAUUUACUUAUUCAUUUUUGAAAUUUUGUGGCUGUGACGAAGUUCAACAAAUCUGUACAUUCAAUAACAAUAUCUGAAAAUUUAAUUGAUGUAGAUUAUAAUUUUCCUUUUGUGUUCAUUUGAAUUGCUUUUCAAAAAUCUUAAAUGCGCAUGCGUAAAUCGAUAUUUUGCAAUUGAGAAUUGAUUUCAAAAGUGCGCAUGCUCAGACCAUUAUUUGCACCAGUUAUUUGCACCUGACCCGCGUAUUAUUCUCAUCAGUUAUUCAGGAAAAUUAGCCAAUCAACGUUGAAAAAAUGAAUAAGACAAGUAAAUGAUAAUACUUGUUAUUGGACAAUCAAAUUCUGACGACUACGUUAAAAAAUUGAACUUACGUGCGUUUAUAAGUCACGAAAGCCAUGUUUUACGGUAAACCCUCUUUUCCCCCAUUCGUCUUUUGUGCUCCAACGAGAGAGACUACGCAUACAGGCUACGUUAAGUUUAAAGUUUAGUAUUAAUCCAUAAUCCAUACAUUUCCGAGUGCUGGCACUGAUGAACAUGACUAUUUUGAAAUUAUAUGACUAUUUUGAAGGCAUCCGGUUUUGAAAUACUGAAUGGUUUGCUAAUAAAUAAUUUAGUAAGAGUUAAUUAAAACAAACGAGGUUACAGUAUGUUGUCUCCUGGAUUUGUUUGUUCGUUUGUUUUAUCUGUUAUUGGUAUCUCUUCUUGAUUCAUCAUGACCCAAGAUUUACAAUUAGAUGGAGUCUCAUACCUUUUGUCCAAAUUAUGUGUUUAUAUAGUGAAACUAUUAGAUGAAGGAAAAUUAAACUUGGAUGAUCCAGUACAGAAAUACGUUCCUAACUUUCCAGAAAAACAAAUAAACUCGAAACCCUGCGUAAUUACCAUUCGUCAAUUACUUUGUCAUCAAAGUGGAAUACGACAUUAUCACAAAACCAAGAAAGGAGAGGGGAGUACGCAGUCUGGUACAACAAAAAGUAAGUAUAACAAACGUUAAUUCAAGAUAUGUAGCUUAUCAGGUGGUAUUAGUAAGCGUAUGAUAGAGUCGAGUGUACAGUAUUAUCACUACGCUAUUAUUUGUGACAUGAAUGUUUUUUUCGAAGUGGACGAGGAGACAGGUGGCGCACUAGAUUGUUUGUCCAUCUUUGGACCUUGAGAACAUUGUCGCGCACUCAAAUAUUGCUUCCUGCGAAAACUAUACCCAAACAAAUUCAGUAAUAUUUUAAUACUAACUACAACCUUUGGGGCAUUUCAAGUGGUCUUAGUUUACCAAAACCUGCACGUACUAACAAUAUGAAAAAUAGUUUUAUGUAUAUCUAUCCGGAUUCCUUUGUAUCCACAAACAUUUUGUAGCGGAUACGCCUUCCGUCCACACGUAUCCAACGAAAACGCACGUUGUAACCGCAAAUUUUUAAAAACGCUCUCCAGAGAGGACAUUUUUGAAAACGCAACGUUAUUCUUGGUAUAUAUAUAUGGCAUACCAAGUAACAAUUAAGUGGUGUGAUUUUUGUUGCGGAAACAAUACUACACUGUCACGUAAAAACACACAAGUUGUAACAAACCUGCAGCAGACUUAUAACAAUGCUGUUCCAACAACUUGUCAACCAGAUGUGUUCGCACUGCUUGCUCCCAGCUUGUUGACAAGUUGUCAACGGCUUGUUGACAACUUGCUACGUACAAUGUUGUUAAGCUCAACAGACUUGUUACAAGUUGUUAUCGUCCUGUGAUUCAACAAUUUGCUCACCAGUUUUGAGUGUAUGACAAUAACACCAUUGUUACAACUUGCUGACGAGCUUGCUACAAGCCCGUUACGAACACAUCUUGUUGACAAGUUUUGAGAAUUUUACGUGUGUACCUCGUUAGCCCACGUUCUGGAUACAAUUGGUUCGGAAGAACUGUUUCUGCAACAAUGUUUCAUGGAUCCCCAGAAAUCCACCGUCAGUGCUGCACGACCGACUUCUUGAUGUUUGUUCAUUUCAGAUGGAAAUGAAAAAGAGGAACGGGAAAAUAAAGUGUCAGAAUUUCAGAAGCAAGAGUACUACAUAAAGGUCAGUGUUUUAUGCACGCUACUAGCAAGGUUAAAAUGUUAAUAAUAAAUAAUAAUCUCAAUAGGCCAUUUCCGAUUAUAAUGGCCGAAUGCCCACUGCAGACAAUAGCCUAAUAACGUGGCUACUUACUAAUUCUAUAGCAAAUUACUGAAAUUAGCACUUAGCCUCGACUUGUUGUUAUUGACAGUUAGAGCGUAAUUCGGAAAUGGUCUAUUCCACUGUAACAUUGCUAAUUAGUCGCUGGGGCACUGUGCCGCCAGCGACUAUAGGUUUCGCUUUUGCUGUUUCGUCCUUUAGUUACUAAUUUUAAUAACCGUAAGGACACAAAUUGGAAAAAUCCCACUGAUCUCAUAGUAGCUGGAUGUAGCUUCUACAAUCUGUGGUUAAGACGAGAACCAACGUGAAUGUUUACAACUUUCAUUAAGAUAGUUUGCGAAAAUGUACUACGCUGAUCGGUCCACUGUGGAUAAAAGAUGUUUUGUUAAUGCUUUCAAAACUAUCGGCAUUUGUGUUCAUUCAAACUUGUACAUGUCCCGUCCAGUGAGCUCCAUUACCUCCAUAUAUAUCUGGAGCAGGAACUUGGUUGCUCAAAGUGAAGCCAGUUUCGUGUUAACCGUGCAUACAAAAACAAUAGAAAGGGACUGGAACUGACGUCCACGAGCUCCUUCAAUUUCCGCCAUCUUGGCAAGGAGUGUGUUGAAAUUUCGUAUUUUGACUUCGAUUUAAAGAAUAAUAUUGUGAUUUUAUGAACUGAAAACUUGAUUAGUGAUACGGUCCAUUAGAAAAAACUGGAAUUAGCUGGGGAAAAUGGUAUAAAAACUGUUUACCGACCUUCAGAGCUAUUGGACGUCAAUGGCCGCCAUCUUGGCUUCACUUUUCUCAUUGACCGAAUGACUGAAGUUCUUACUCCAGAUAUAUAUAGAGCUCACUGGUCCCGUCGGGUUACAUCAAGAUGUCAUGGUGAAUUUUGAACAAUGUAUACGAGUACUUGAAUGUUUCAUGAGAACUUCUGCGCAUGCAUGUGCGUGCACUUGCCGUUUGAGGCACACAAAGCAUAACUUUCACUUGCCCCUGGAAAAGACCUAGGAGUGUGAGAAACAACGUACGAGAGGCUCAAAAUUCUAUGUUGUAGUUAUUAUAUAUUCGCCUAUAAAUUUAGGCGCAUUAUACAUUUUAUAGACUUGCUCGCAUCUAUCGUCAAGUAUGUGCGGACAUUUAUCGCGGAAUCCAGGGGUUUCAGAAUAAGCCGGCGGCCGGCGGAGUUCCGCCGGCUACUUGAACUUUUACCGCCGGCUACUUUUCGUCUGGUCACAGGACAAAUUUUAUAUACAAAGGUACAAGCGAACCAACACGAUGUUUGUUAUGUUCCAAUUGGAAUUCAUGCAAAGAGGCCUCGAAUUUCCGUGAAAUCAAUCGACGGCAAUGGCGUUAAAAAUUGCCGUAGAACGUAACAGCUGUCUACGGCAAUUUUGUCAGUUUACACGGCAUUUUUUCAAAUUACUGUAAUAAAAAUUUAAUUUUAUUGUUACUUUGGAUUGCUGACAAGCUAGAAACAUGUUUACGUAUUUCUUUAGUGGUUUUUUUUUCGAAGAAAACUGAGAUUAAAAGAGUAAUUUACGGAUGAUUUGAUCAACAUCUGAAUUCAAGUAUCAAAAUAGUAAUGCACAGUGAACAGUUUAAAAAUUAUACUAUACGGCAAAAAAUUGCCGUCGUUGCCGCAAUGAUCCACGGCAUUUUGUUCUCCCUCUACGGCAAUUGCCGCGAUAAAAUUCAAGCCCUGAAUUCAAGCAAAACAUCACUUAUUUUGGAGGAUCAAUAAAAUAAAUUAUAAUACAUGGUACCAAACAUAGCAAAAGAAAGAAGAAGUGAUAAAGUAAAGUUCAUUACGUACAUAAGUAUAACAUCAUUUGAUUAAUGAUUUCGGACUCAUAAAUUAAUACUAUUACUGUAGUGUACAUUGUCAUUCUGUUCAUGCAGCUGUAAAAAUUAAACUACUAGUAGCACAUUAAUUAAAGUAUUGACAUUGUCACUUACAAGUAUAAAUGCAAAUGACAUCUAAAUCUAACAUGUUAACAGUUGUACUUUGUCUUUUUACUUAUUCUAUAUUAUUUGAUUGUUAAUUUGCGAUUUGCUAUAUUAUUCGAUUUGUUAAUUUUCAAAUUUCCAUGCGAGAGCACGCUCCCCUCCCCGCGCGAAUUUUUAACUAUCAGUCACAGCCGGCUACUUUUUUGGUACAACCGCCUACUUCAAAUCAUUCUGAAACCCCUGCGGAAUCGCCCUGUAUUUUAAUAACCCCAGCGACUAAACGCUCAAUAGAGCGUCUUGUUCCAUUAUAAUAUAACAUUGCAUGCCACGCAUAUUAUUGCGGUGUUUGUAAUUAUUAUUGAUGUACUAUAGAUAAAUCCAUAAUAAUUUUAAUUCUGUUUUGCAUAUAGGAAUGUUAUGAUAGUGUUGAAAAAUCUCUGUCCCUAUUCAAAGAUGACCCAUUGGUUCACGAACCAGGCUCGGAGUUUCUUUAUACAACAUUUGGGUGGACAUUGCUUAGCGCAGUUAUCGAAAGUGCGGCUCAGAAGAAAUUCUUGCUAUGCAUGUAUGAACUGUUUAAAGAUUUGGGCAUGAAUAAUACUCAAGCAGAACUUCAUAAGAAUCUUGUUUAUGGAAGAGCUAGGUAAGAACUUUUGGGUGCAGCGCCGUGCCGACUGGGGGUAUAACAGCCCCCCCCCCCCAAGAAAAGUCAACGAAGGGGCCAGGGGGCCCAAUUUCCCCCAGAGGGGGCGCCCAAAUGCUGGAAUUGCGGAGAAUAAGAAAUAUUGUGAAAAAUUAAGGUCGCAAAAUUCCGAAAAACGUAUUUUUAUUCCUUUUAUCGAAAAAAGGUUUGGAAUGACGUCAUCCUGUGUAUACAACUGCAAAAUUUGCAUCUAGUUGUUAAAUUGGUGAGUCGAGGUAAAGUUUUCCAAAAAUCCAAAUGAGAUUUCAAGUCCGAGCACUACAUGUAGCUGGUUCUUUGUGGGUCAGUCUCUUCCUCUGUAGGAUGUAUAUCAUCAUACAGCCAUGCACGAAUCUAUGAUGUGUGUACAUCAUUAUACAGCCGUUCAUUUUUUGGUUGCAUGUAAUUAAUUCAUGCACUACAAGCAUUAGACAAGACUUUAAGCGGAAUCAGGCUUUCAUUAGGCGGAAUUUUGCGCGCGGAAUGGAAUUUUUAUCUACAGGGUGAGUAAAAAAAACUGACACCUUUGUUAUUCAAAUUAGCCACGAAGAUAUCAGGUUUUUUUACUCACCCUGUAAAGGCCGUUUUCCACUAGGCGACGGAGCGCGGAGCGGAAAUUUUCUUUGUCUUGUGAUUUCUCACGUGGAACUAAUUAGAAAAGACAAAGAGAAAUUCCGCUCCGCGCGGAAAAUUCCGUCAAGUGAAAAACGGCCUUUAAUUGUGAUUUCUCAGGUGGAACUAAUUGGAAAAGGCAAAGAAAAACCGGCUUUAGAAAUCACCGUUUUGCUGUUUAAAGCGCGUUAUUAUACACCUCUGGGGCCGGUUGUAUAAAAAAGUGAUUAAAGUUAACUAUAGUUAAGUGCAAACGUCAUCCAAUAAGAAGCGCGUAUUUGAAAGUUAAUCACUAUUUAACUACAAAAUAGUGAUUAAAAAAGUGAUUAAGAGUUUUAUACAACCGGCCCCUGGGAAUUUAAUUGAAUACUCCUUGCUCUGUAGUCAGUUGAACCAUUUUUAAUCGAUCUGACGGGACUAAUUUCUAAGUCGUUUUAACUUUUAAUUAGAAUUUUCAUGUACAAUUUAUGCAGUUUUAAUAUGCUCGUAUGAUUACAAUGCAUUCUAAACUCCCAGAGGUAAUGAAGUUUGGAUGUUUACAACAAAAGGGUGAUUUCUAUUUUUUUAUACACCCUGUAUAAAGCGAAUGUCCAUAAAGUGAGUUGGUCGCACUCGGUUCGGGGUUAGGUACCCACACCCACAAAUAAAAGAGUACACCCGUAUAACGGUAUACACAUCAUAGUUCCACCAUAGAUGGCCGUAUAUGGUGUGUGUCAUCAUACGAGAAAAGUGAUUGUGUUUGUAGAGCGAUUCGGGUAUGUGCCUUUCACCUCUGCGACUAUAGUACCGACGUCUGCAGUGUUAUGGUGUUGUCUGAUUCUGAGUUCGCCCCACUCGGGUGUGAGAAGAGUGCCGGACUCCAUGCAUCAUAUUAGACCUCACUUGUUACUCUACAGAUUAGAUAAAAUUGCUUAUGCAAUUAUUAUUGCCUGACGCACACGAUGCGAUUUUAGUCGGCCGAUACCAGUCGGCCGAAUGAAAUCCUUGCGUGUGUGCUGUCACUUUUAAGCGAUUUUGGUCGGCCGAUUGUAAUCGGACAAUAUCAAAACAAAUUGAUAUUGGCCGAUUAAAAUUGGUCGACUAAAAUCGCAACGUGUACGCCAGGCUUUACAAUGUGGCUCUCUAUUGAGUUUUUGUGCUCUCUCUUAUAUACAUGCAUGCAGGCAUUAUGUGAGGAAUGAAAAAGGACAAUUGAUGAAUACCCCAUACGUGGAUAACUGUUAUAAAUGGGCUGGUGGGGGAUUCAUAUCAACGACUGAAGAUUUAAUAAAGUUUGGAAAUGCAAUGCUUUAUUCAAGCCAAAUUGGAGAAUUUCAGGGGAAAUCAAAGGAUAGCUUAUUAUCAGGCAAGUCGUUUUUCAUACUGUAUAUACAUAUCCGUACAUGGAUAAUAAAAAUGUAUGGGAAACCUGAUGCCAUCACAACCUAAUUAAAAAGUAAUUAUAAGUUCAAGAAAUUAACAAAAUCAAAAAUGUAAGAGCGACUAAUAAUAGGUCCUUAUUAAAAUGGCAUCUGAUAAACUGUCCGAGAAUAAAGAAAAAUGCGCUUUGCAUUUACUCGGUUAGUAGACCAUGGCCAGCGAAAAUUGUUGGGGUUUGAUACUGAUUUGACCAAACAAAAUUUGAUCAAAGAAGAAGUAGGACCAGUUUCGUCGUCACUAUAGCGACUGCAGACGAAGGGCCUUCGCUCGAAACGUCAAAUUUUAUAUAUUUUCAGUUAGUGGCAUGACUUGCAUCCCUACCUACGAAGCUUGUUCAUUUUGUUGGCACUGCUUACACUGGCAAAGACAAUUAAAAAAAAGUUAACGUAUAUGCAUGUCAUGCCAAAUCAUCGCAUUUACCUUUUGCUACCCCUAUAUUUUGCAUCACAAAUAUAUUUCCAUGUGACUUUGUGGUGUAAUUUCGUAAAAUGACUUUCCGAGAUAAAAUUGCAGCGCUCCUUCAAUCUUUUUGAUGUGUUACAACUUGGCAAGAAUUUUAACUUACUCGAAAUGUACAAAAACAGUUAAUAACUAUUUUAUCAAAUUUUUAAUUAGUCGAGUAGGACAAGAUAGAGAACUGAAUGCGUUUCUUCCAAAUAACAAUGGUUAUGCAUCAUUAUAAUAGGAAUAUUGUCUCCAGAGAGCAUGAGGUUAUCAUGGACGACUGUUGAAAACACUGAAGACAAAGUUUCCAAGCACUGGGGCUAUGGUUUGGGAUGGGCGAUACUACCAGAAAAGCACGAACGUGGUUGUUGUAGAGACCAACAGAAGGCAAUCGCUCACAGUGGUAAGUUAUUCCGAUUAAAUUUAAUUCUUUCCUUGCUUUGGAAAUUCCGAAAUUGUGCACAAUUGACACUUCCUGUUGUUGCUUGAUUGCACUUGAACAGGCUGACAUUGCGAUUCUAUUUAUAUGACCGCAAUUGUUCAAAUUGAUGAUAAAAGCAUGACAUUUUGCCACAUUGCUAAUAUAACCAAACUAAUAAAUUCUGAUAUAGUGCCAUCCCAAAUUCGCAUUCAUACAGAGUUCAGCACAUGUAGUUUGAUGACGUCUUCAAUAAUAGGAAAAAUUACCAAAAUUUUGAAAUGUGACAAUCUAGCUGACUCAUGCAGGUUGUCAUAGGGUAUUUAAAGAGGUUCAGUAAACUAUAUUUAUUUACACUUUUGUUUUAAAAGUACAGAUUGUAGAUUUGUCAGAUCAAAGAUUUUAAAAAAUGCUGAUACUGUACAACAAUAAGCUGUCAUUGUCUCGUGCGAAGUACUGUAUUUCAUCUUAUCACUGCCCAUGUAUACUGUUCCAUUUCCACUGGAGGAUCUGGUUCUGGACAUAACAUGGUACAAACAUGUAUAUUGAUGGUACAAACAUAUAAGUUGCAUGAUUAGUGCAUUCAGUGCGAAAAAGUUAUUAUGUGAACAGUUAUCUAUAACGUGAAAAUUCAAAGCCCUGAAAUUUGUUUUCUUUUUAGUAUUUGAUAGCUCUUUCUUGCGAUGUGCGUAUUGUAUUUUCGCGCAUUUAACCAAUAGCAAUGAUUUCUCUUAAAAUAUCCAUUGGUAUCUUGAACCAUUUUUUAAAUAAAUUUAAACAUACUAUAGCCUGCGUAGCAGGCGCUAUCAGGGGGAGGGCGAGGGUGGGAGAAACUAGGGGGGAAAGGCGAAGGCGAAAGAAAGCGAGGAAAAAUGGGAGGUGCGAACCAUUUUUCCUCGCUCUCUUUCUCUCGCCUUCGCCUCCCCCCCCCCCAGUUACUCCCACCCACGCACUCCCUCCUAAUAGCAAUUAUACUAUUCAUUGAUUUCGAUUGGCGAAAAUCAGUACAAUAUGCAUAAACCUAGAUCAUGAGAUAUGGUGCCAUAGUUGUUGUAAUAACUAUAUGAUUUAACUGUGUUACGCAGGUGGAGCUGUGGGAGCAAGCAGUAUACUCUUAAUUCUACCAAACUCUGUGAAUAAGAACUUAUUUGACGUCACACAGGAAAGUCCACUACCAAAUGGUGUUGUCGUGGCCAUCUUAGUAAAUAUGGGCAGUGUUAGUUUGAGAAGACCUGCUCUUAAAAUUGCUCAACUUUUUAACUGCCAUCAGAAAAUGUAA